AUGAAGCGAAGGCCACGUUGGGGUGAGGCCCUCCCUUCAUCUGGCAACCAGCACCGCUCAGGGCAGCCCUGGCCCAGCACUUGCCCGCACCUUGGCAUCCGUCUAGGAGCUCACCUGUAUCCACUCAGCUUUAUCCUGCAUGAGGAUGAGGUGGCGGUGAGGGAGGAUAAGAUCAGUGCCCUCAUUAAAGCAGCCGGGGUAAAUGUUGAACAUUUCCAGCCAGACUUGUUUGCAAAGGCUCUGGCCAAUGUCAACACCGGGAGCCUUUUCUGCCACGUAGGAGCUGGUGGACCUGCCCCCACAGCUAGUGCUGCACACGCAGGAGGUCCUGCCCCCUCCACCGCUGCAGCCUCAGCUGAGGAGAAGAAAGUGGAAGCAAAGAAAAAUGCACCUGAGGAGUCUGAUGAUGACACGGACUCUGGUCUCUUUUACUAA